UGAGGUCGAGCUCUAGAAUGAGUGUGAUCAGGGGUGGGCGAAAUAGUUCUCGACAAAUUGAGGAAGCUAGGGGUGAACGAAGUAAGGGAAUUCAGCCUAUGGCUCGCAGUAGCAGGUCUGGAAACGCCCCUGGCAGCAGGCAGCCUGCGCAAGCUACCGCACAACAGAUACAUACGAUCAUUCUGGAAGAUGAUGACGAUGAUGUUCAAGACUCCUCGCCCCGCUCAUUUGCACAAGCACGGUCUUGUGGACGCGCUACUCGACAGCGAAACUUGUCAUUUGAAGGCACGCCAGCCUCGGAAGAUCCUUUAGAAUUACGACUCGGGCCGACCGCUUUCUCUACUCCGCCGACCUUGAGAAGAUUGCGCGUCAAUGGCACAGGUCGAGCCCAGUUGCCUGAGAGACCAACUUUGAUUCCCUGUAGGCAAGCGAGAAACGUGCCUCUGACCAUCGAUUUGACGAGCCCGACGCCUUCAAACGACGAUUGUGUACUCAUCACUGAGACUUUGGCACCGCAGGUGUCCAAGCGCAAACGGGUGCCUACAUUGCCAGCAGGAGCCAACGAACAGGCCAGCCAGGAGCCAGUGAAGGAACUGAGACUGACCUGCCCCAUAUGUAUGGAUGUUAUGAGGGAGGAAACGUCUACAGUAUGCGGUCAUAUCUUUUGCAGGGCUUGCAUAUCCGGAGCGAUUGCAACUCAGCAGAAAUGUCCCACUUGUCGGCGUAAGCUGUCGAGCAACAAAUGUACACACAGGAUCUACUUAUCAGCUAGUUUGAGAAAUUCAUGACACGUCAACCUUGGUUGAUGUGCUUUUGGAGGUUCAUGUACAUGUUCAAUGACUGGGUACAUGAGCACAUCUCCAGCCCACUUGAGGGAAGAGAAGAAGCGGAUUAACAAUUGCGAAUUACUCCCUUGUAACUUGGCGGACUUCCCAGAAUCCCAAUGUUGGAUGGUAGCGAUGGAUGAGGUCUGACAGGGAACGGACGGCGACCCGGUUACGGGUACAGAGGUCGAAGGCCGGCGUUGAAUGUCGUCAGUCACGCUCAUUGUGAUUGAUUAUUGUGAUGAACGAAGCUACACUGAGACUAGUCGUAUUGCACGCGCGGGAAAUAUCUGCAUAGUUUCUUCGUUCGUUCGACUUUCGUAGACCUAUUUUCAUUUACACAUCUCACAUUCAUUUCAUCAGAGUGAGUUUUACAGUUUUCUCACCUGUCGGCAGUUCGAGAGGGGAGCGGGAAAAUUUUGUGUGGGACUUACGACUCUGGAAUUUUUUUUCUCCAGCAAGAUGACAAAGAACUCGUUUCUUUGCAUUGAAAGGUGCAAUUUCAAGUACGGUGUCAACUGACCAAGCAAAGUGGAGGAAGUGCAGAGUGAAGAACACGUGAUCUAGUGUCGAAUCCAUUUGUAGAGGAGAGUGGAGCUCUGCACGUAAUUCCUUGAUUGAAUCUCAUGGCUUAGAUGUGCAAGGAUGAUGUACACGGUGAAGAGGCAAGGAAUGAACUCAAGGCAGUUCUUAAAGCCCUGCAGUCCACAACUCCGAGGACAAAUAAUCAUCAAGUGGCUGAGGUUAUUAUCAAAACUCAAAAGUGUUAUCAUCUAAACAAGGAGGGGCUUUUUUAAGGGUGGUACAGAGAAGUACAAUUGGUAGUGUGUCUUCUCGAGAACUCUUUUGGCAGCGGCCAGAACAUACACUUGCGCCGGAGCUCGGUAUUAUGGAGCAAGUUUGGAACUGGUGAUGGUUAUGGGAAAAUGGUGCAGUCGUGAGAUCAACGACCCAGAACGCAACAUAAGACGAACUCGGUUUUGGUCUCAGCUACUUGACCUGCGUCCUUUUUACGAAGUCCUUGGAGUAUAAGACUGAAACGUCAGGCUAUGUGCUAUACACUUAUACCCAAGAUUGCAAACAUGCCCUUCUCCGAGCAGGCUAUGUUCUGUAUGUUACUCACAUGAGUCUGACGAGUGCAAGCAUUCACAAUUCUCGAGCAUGUGUACUUCGCGACCUCAAUGCACAACAUCCAUACGAGUACUGAUCUAAGUUGCAAGUUGGCCGGGAAGGUCGUUCAGAAGGUAAUGGUAUUCUAAGUAUCAUAUCACGUGAACAUCACUUUUGGAAAGCCCACCACUAAUGUAAUCUCGGAGCCUCUUGCUUGUUUGUCUUUUUGCUUCGAAAAGCUCAAGAAUCAUAGUAUCAAUCAAUGUUUUAUUCAUGGUGUACCAUGUUUACAUCUAACAUGUAUCCUCCAUAUUAGCUGCAGACGAUUACAAAGAAAGAAUUAAAAAAAUAUAUUUCAGUCUGUUUCAUAUUUCCGUGAAUGACACAUCUUGUUGCAGCAUCAUCUUUUUACGUAUCCUGGCGUUAGUCCUCUUCCAUCAGCAGAUGGGAGGGGGUGUGCACUCUACAUCACCAAUGAUUGUGUGAAGAAUGGCGGUGGAGAAUGGUUUUUACGAAAUUGAUACUAAGUCAGGCUGGAAAUUGGUGAAAUGAUUUGCAUGAACCGUGGACCUCUCUCUUCGCUAACUACAUUGUUAUGCUAGUAAGAUGUUUCUACACAAACAGAUGUUAGUGCUUGAAGCAUUACCAUACAUACUUUUGUGUGAUGACUAGAAUAGCUUUGGAAUCGUAACAAUCACUUUAUGGAAGUCACUGUACAAAUCUUCACGUUACUAUACAUGAUUGUUCAAAUUGCAGAUCGAAAAGUAUUAGAAUGGAGAGAAAUGAAAAGCAGUUAAAAAGCCACUGCCUAAGAAAUUGUGAAUUCGUGGCACAGAGACCUAGAGGAAUCUAGUAUUCUCUUGUUCUUUCUAGUUGAAGUUUUUCCCAAACGCAAACUUAUUUCUCAGUUCACUCAUAAUCACUUAUCUAGUAUUUUGGUUCAGUUUUCUCUCUGACAGGUUUUGAGUCAGACCAUUUCAUGUUUAAAACAAAAAAAGAGAACACUCUUAGGUUAACGCAAGAGAGGCGGGAAAUUUCAAAGUUUUGCAUAUAUUGCAAUAUGUCAUUAUCAUAAGCUUUUCUGUGUCAAGCUUUAACUUCAAUUUCACGGUGCGUGAGAUGUGUUGUCAAUAAAGUGUAGUGUCGUUUACUGUAAAAAGGUCCAGACAUUGAUUUCAUACCUGUAAAUUUAGGAAUCGAGCAGACUACAUCAACUCCUUCGUUAGUACGGGUAUACAGAUAAGUCUUGCAAGAGAUUACUGUACCAUCCCAGUCAUGGGCAAAUUAUUGAUAACUUGAUUAUUCUUCACAACCCUUGACACCUCAUCGCACGAUGGGAAUGCCAAUCAUGAACCGUUAGAAUCCUUUUGUCAUGAAUCUCAGCGCCUAUUGCUUAUGAUCUUCUCCAGUUGAUAUUGGUCAGUGAAUGGAGGCUGCCUUAUUUCUGUCCUAACAAAAUAGUCUGGUUCAAAGUUUACACACUACUGAAAUCGAUCAAAGUAAACUUCAAUGUUUCGUGGUUGGUUUCGAACCCUAAACCUUAAACCCUAGACCUGGAUUUAUUUGACCUGGAUACAUUCAGACUUAAAUGACUUUCAUCAGUUCUAGGACAUGGACAUGAACCUGGAUGCAGACAAAGACACUGUGUUGACCACCGAGUGAAUAAAAAUGAGAAUGCAAGUAGGUCCU